AUGUUGAUUACCCAUUGUUCUGACAAAAAUUUACAUAAAUGUGUUAUUGGGUUUACAACACUCUUUGCAUGUUUUUUUGUGGCCAAAAUAUUUUUGGGUGAUAAAAGUAUCAUUUUAUCCAGACUAUUUAUUUUAAGAAAGGAAAAUUCUAAUGUACCAACCUAUAAUAAUACUAAGCUCAUCAAGCUUAAACCUCAAGUGAUAACUAAAAUUCCCAUUAAAUCUCAAGAUUCUUUUUUUAAGUAUGACGUUCACACAAUGAACUGCAAAAUUCGACAUUUCGAUCCAAACGAUAAAAGCAUAUCGAACUUUAUUAACUAUACGAUGGAACCCCUAAUAUGUUCCAAUAUCACGGCCCUUACAACCAUACGAAAUGGUAUUCUAACAUUCAAUUACGAUGUCCUUAAUCUAUAUUAUAGUAAGGUAAAUAUGGAAUUUUGCAAUUAUCAGGUUAUAUUAAGAAAUUACAGCACGACUAACCCGGAUGAAGAUACCGAAUUGUCAGACAAAAUACUUUUUAAAAAUGAUACACUUAUAAAAGAUGAUUUUAUAUUAGUUAAAUGUUAUAAUGACAGUGGAAAACACGUCUUUUAUAGCAAUACACAUAAUAACGGAGCUAUAGACGCAGAAUCCUAUCGCAAAUAUAGACACCAACAUCCAACUAGGUUCGGUCCUAAUAACUACAGUGUAUUUUCCACCAAUGCUACUAGCAACAAGACUAACCAAAGUAAAAUUAAUAUGAUCCCAAUUGUUAAUAAUGAAACGGUUAAAUCUUUCCAACAUUUUCCCAUUGAUAAUCGAAUACUGAACCUUCUCAUGAUCGGUAUAGAUUCAACUUCGAAAUUAAAUUUUAUUCGUGGACUAUCCAAUACGCGUCAGUAUUUGUUAUCGCAAAGAAACGAAAGCUACACAUUUAAUGGUUAUAUUAAAGUGGGAGACAACACCUUUCCCAAUUUGGUGGCAUUGUUGACUGGUAAAUUUGUUAAAGAAUAUCCCAAAGACUUUGGUGAACAUUACUUCGAUAACUACAGCUUUGUGUGGAAGGCGUUUGAAAAGAGUAAAAUCAAUUAUACAACCGCUUUUAUAGAAGAUUGUUUCGAAAUGGCCACUUUCAAUUAUUUCAAAAAAGGAUUUUACAAUCCUCCUACCGAUUUUUAUUAUCGUCCCUAUUCGUUAGAAUCAAACAAUUUGCUUGAAAAUAAGGAUAAAUGCAUACGGGAUAAACACGAAGUAUUAGCCUUACUAGAAUAUUCCAGGGAUUUGAUGAUUUCCUUUAAGUCAUGGCCUUAUUUUUGUCUCACUUAUACUGCCAGGUUGACUCACGAGGAAUUGAAUGGUAUUAAAUAUGUUGAUGAGAUGUUGGUUAACUACUUCAAAGAUUUAUUCAAGGCUAACGCUCUUGAAAACACUCUUAUCAUUAUCUUCGGAGAUCAUGGUAUGAGAUUCGGCAAAUUUCGAGAGACCUUUAUGGGUACAUUAUAA